AUGAAACAGGCCCUCGCACCGGGCCUCAGAACUUCCCGACAAGGUUGGGGUGCCGCGCUCACGAGUGCCCAGAAGGCCGUUUUGGAAAACGUGCACGUGAUCGUGGAGAGAAAGGACCCAGUCUUCGUGCUGCAGAGUUUCAUCAAGUGGAAAACCAGGGAUGCGAAGGGAUGGGACUCAACCUCCCCCCCGCCCCCCAGACUUCGCAUCCCACCACCAACCCCCACCCUCACCCGGUCUUUUGUCUCCCGACACUCCUCAGCCCCGGUGACACCGGCUCCAUUUCUCCUGAUCCCUCGAGGAGUGUAG